AGGCAACAGAAGCUUGGGUAAGCUCGGCCGCCUGCAACGCGGCAAACCGCCUGCACGCAACCAACCUCCUGUCCUUGCCAAUUCCAAGCUUCCCAUCAACACAUUACCGCCGCCGCCACCACCACCUCCUCCACCACCACCACAUCAGCAGCCGCCAUCUGACUGGUCUACUUCCCGUCCUCAACGCGCUUUUCCUUCGAUUGGAUCACCAUCACGGCGAAAGCAGGAUCCUCGUUAGAGACCUCUGCACAAAGCGUCCAUCCCUGCACCUCGCGCCGACCUGCCCAACAUGUCUGACCCGGAGAGGGCCGAUGCCAUCAGCAAAUACACAGACUCGCUGCUCGAGUCUCGAAACUGGGAGGUCAAGCUGAAGAACCUGCGCCUGGAGAUCAAGGAUUUGGAGAAGGAGUUCAACAACACAGAGGAGAACAUCAAGGCAUUACAAAGCGUCGGCCAGAUCAUUGGCGAGGUCCUGAAGCAGCUCGACGAUGAGAGAUUCAUCGUCAAGGCCUCCUCCGGCCCUCGCUAUGUCGUCGGCUGCCGGUCCAAGGUUGACAAGGCAAAGAUGAAGCAAGGAACCCGCGUCGCACUCGACAUGACCACACUCACGAUCAUGCGCAUGCUGCCCCGAGAAGUCGACCCCCUCGUCUACAACAUGUCUCUCGAGGAUCCUGGCCAGGUCAGCUUCGCCGGCAUUGGCGGCCUCAACGACCAGAUCAGAGAGCUGCGUGAGGUGAUCGAGCUGCCGCUCAAGAACCCAGAGCUCUUCCUGCGUGUCGGCAUCAAGCCACCCAAGGGUGUGCUGCUGUACGGCCCGCCGGGAACGGGAAAGACCCUGCUUGCGAGAGCCGUGGCGAGCAGUCUGGAGACAAAUUUCCUCAAAGUUGUCUCCUCCGCAAUUGUCGACAAGUAUAUCGGUGAAUCCGCCCGACUGAUCCGCGAAAUGUUUGGUUAUGCCAAGGAACACGAACCCUGCAUCAUCUUCAUGGAUGAGAUCGAUGCCAUCGGAGGCCGUCGCUUCUCAGAGGGCACAUCCGCAGACCGAGAGAUCCAGAGGACACUGAUGGAGCUCCUGAACCAGCUCGACGGUUUCGACUACCUGGGCAAGACAAAGAUUAUCAUGGCCACAAAUCGGCCCGACACACUGGACCCCGCGCUGCUGCGUGCCGGACGUCUGGACCGCAAGAUCGAGAUCCCCCUGCCCAACGAGGCUGGCAGACUCGAGGUCUUGAAGAUCCACGCCAGCAGCGUGGUCACGGAGGGAGACAUCGACUUUGAGAGUGUGGUCAAGAUGAGUGAUGGGCUAAAUGGUGCCGACCUGCGGAACGUGGUCACGGAAGCUGGUCUGUUUGCGAUCAAGGACUACAGAGACGCCGUGAACCAGGACGACUUCAACAAGGCCGUUCGCAAGGUUGCAGAGUCCAAGAAGUUGGAGGGCAAGCUUGAAUACACCAAGCUUUAAUCUUGAGAGGCUGGAAGCGAGGAUUCUGGCUACAUCCAUGACAGGAAAAGCAAGGGUGUUGACAGAGGUUGUCGGUGGCGAGGGGCCACAAGACCUUGUCAGGAACUCCGCAGCCUUUUCUGGGGCAUGUGUUACGUCUGUGGCCACCCAGAACAGCGAGACAACCAUGACUUGUCCUGCAAAACAUCACGCGUGUUAUCCGAAUCGAAACAGGGAAUGCGCUGACCCGCAGUGAGCAAGGUCGUGAUAAGCGCAGUCGUUUAGUUCCCCAAUCCCUCACCUUGGGCCUUCGUCUUUGAACCGCGUCAACUUGUCUGAACCCUGUCGCAAUCAUACUUCCAUUCUUAAUGUAGCCCCGACCAAUCUCAACCCCAUGAUCCCGCAAGACGCCUGGUCUAGCACACCAGAGUAGCGCAAGUUCAGAGAAUCAGAAUCGCGGUUUGCUGGUGAGAAGGUGUGGCGAAACGUUUUUGGACCUAGAACAUACCCAAGGCACUGCCCAUACGACUAACCGCCACUGCUAGACGACAUCCAAAGCAGUAAUUCGUUUGUACAGCAACGCUUGAUCAAGGCGCCCAUGAGCUUCUAUAGCUGACAUCAGUCUCUCCGCGAGCGUAGGAACCAUUUUCAUGAAUGAUCUGGAUAUGGGCAUUCGAUGCUACUCAUACCUGCAUAGCCAGCGCAUCUCACUCUUAGCACUGCAUCCGGGCCCAACGGUGUAAGAGACCUCGUGCGAAUCGGUUGGUCGAUAUAUCGACUGGAAUAAAAACAUUCACUGCAGCGAUACCGGAAGGGCUCCAGAGUGCCUCGACUAUUCUGAAUUGUACUGAUGCCGUUCUCAAUACUUAUACGAAGGCAUACAGGCAUAGUCCCUUCAUGUAGUGGUAGACGCUCACUCUGAAUUUGAGCACACGCAGUAACGACAUUCGAGUCGCACUAGUCAAACAAUACAGACUUGGACGCGUUAAUUGUUCGGAAACUUGGAAAUAAACGCAUUGGCCGUGUCACUGGGAAACACUGGUCGCAGAUCAUCGGCCAAUGCCUAUUCAACAACCUGGUCGCCUGCUUUUCCUUAGUCGUCCUCCAAAGCAUCCCGUAUGAUGGCGGCCUGGCCAUCAUCGCCUGAGCCACCCGACCAACAGGAGCCAAUAAAGUUGCCAGCAUGUUCGAGCUCACACUUAUGGUUCAAGAUCGUAAACUCCAAGACAUCCCAGACGAGACUUUCAAGGCAGCAUUAAACGGGCCGGGGCUAGCCAGGUAAGUUGACAUCCCAUACUCGAAAGCCCUGUGAGUAGUUUCGUUUUUAGUCCCUAUAUGGAUGAAUUUAUAUAAAAGUCGUGCAUGCAACCGCUUUUCUGUCAGUGAACAACCCUCUUGGAUGACCAGCUGAGAUUCGGCACGGGUUGACAAGAUAGGAAGGCCCAGUCUGACAUCUCCCGCGAUGCUCGUCCUUUGUACUCUGCAAACGCAGCGAUCCGGAGCGAUUGACCGACCGUGGCAACCUGUAGCUUUUCACUGAAAUUCAGGACUGUGAGUGGGCAAUUUGGACAUGGCCAAGGCGUCUGCUAUGUUGCAAACUGCAUGCGGCCGUAUGUGGAGCUGCCAGUGCGGCUCUCCUCUCUGGCAGUGCGACAGGGCGAUUAUGUGUGUAUGGAUUUAAGGGUGCGUCUACGAUACGACAUGGCCACGGCUUGCCUGGUCGACGACCCUGGUCGGGAACAUAAGCCCCCGUGCGAGUAUUCCACACCGCCUAAACUGGGAUCUAGUUCUCGUUUGGCGGCGAUCUGAAGUCUCGUCCACGAGGAUACACAUCAUUCACACUUGAGUAUAUUCCGGGGGUGAUUUUUGUCAGCGGCAAAACCACCAGUCAAGGGGUUGGAAGGCCUCCCGAGAAGAAGUCCGAGAGGCAACGGCAG